CCCAUCCCACUACCUGGAUUUGUACUUUGGGGUUAUUUUAUAACAGAAAUUAAGUAUUUUUAUUGACUCUAAAUGUUUGUUCAAUAAUAUCCGUAAGAUGGCCGAGGUUUGUAGGCUCGGCAGUUAUAAUUCACAAAGAAAAACUAUUAACGAUCAAGAAGAAAAUGUUUGUUUAUUAAAUGUUUUGUGUGUGUUUAUAUCGUUGGUAACCAUACUUGCCGAUUUGACUACAGAUGUAUUAGUUUUCGUUGAAUAUUGCAAAAGUGGAUAUCCGUACUGGGCACUGACGACUUUAAUUUUUAUUGUUGCGCCUAAUAUUAUGAUAAACGUUUUUUCAUUGAGAUGGUUUGUCAUUGAUCAAAAAUCCGGGAUAAGACAUUGGAUCAGUCAUGGAUUUCUAGUGGGAUUGUUAGAAAGGUACAUUAUUUUCAUGCACAAAGUGUUUGAAUGCAAAAAUGUGGAGUCAAUAAAAGCACUAAAGCUAUUUACUCAAAUAAAUGAUCUCAAUUUAUUGCAUUUCUUAUACGUUUUUAUCGGAACUAUUCCACAAAUUAUUUUACAAGUUUACGGAAUUGUUACAUUAAAUGAAAACUAUCAUACAAAAGCAUUUGCUCUUUGUGCUUCGAUUGCAUCAGUAGUAUGGGGAUGCGCUAAUUACAUUUACGGCCUUUCAUGGUUUGGCAGUGAAAAAUUCCAAUGGUGUGCAUUUUUACUGAAACUUGUUUGGCAUUUUGGAAUGCUUAUUAGUCGGAUUGCCGGUAUUAUAUUAUUUACCAUUGUCUUUGGUAUAUGGACAUUAGUGCCUUUAGGCCUUCACUGGUCUGCUAUGACCUUUUGGAUUGUAACACAAAAAACUACGUUUUGUCCCAAUAAACUAGAGGAAACAUUCUAUAAUGUCAUAAUGGGGCUCGUAUAUUGCUUCUGUUAUAUUAAUUUACGAGAGGGGCAUACGAGAUAUCGCUUGAUGAUGUUCUACACCUUAAUGGUGACACAAAACUUCGGAAGUUUAUUUUUGUAUGUGUUGAUAUCUGACUCGGAAAGGCAAAAGAAACCCUGGUCUAUUGCAACUUCUACGUGUGUGAUUUCGGGUACUAUAAUAGGCAUGUGCGCUAUGAUAUUCUAUUAUAGGUAUUUUCAUUCUAAGGGACCUAUACCAUGGAAAAACGACAGCAAUGAUAUUGAGUUAAAUAAUAAAGUCACAACAGCUAUAGAAAAUAAAAGAAAUAACAAAAAAAGUUUAAAUUACGUUAGGUCCUUCAAAAGCUCUCAAAAGAUAAAAGUUAUUGAAGAAACUGCUGAGAGGAAGAAUUGCGCUCAAGUACAACCAAGCGACAUUGACAAUGCUGACAAAAAGUUCCUACUAGACCAUUGGAUUGCUAGGUCCGGAACCCCAACCUUUACGUCAGCUCCAGUUGGUGAUAAUAGCAUAGAUGUUUCUAGCGUAGAAUUUCAUACAGUGGAAAACACUCCUCAAACAGUUAGCAAAGAUGACAAUAACUUAUACGAAAGGGGUAGGGUAAAAACUCUAGUUAAAAAAGGCAAAGGAGCUCAAGUGUUGGAUCCAACCGAGUUGACGUCAAAGAUAUCUGCGUUUGAAAAUAUAGAAAGCUCUAUAGAUAUUAUCACUGCAAGUAAUCUUAAUUUACAAAAACGUCGUGGAAUUUGUUCAUCCGAUGAAUUAAGAGAUGAUUUGACAAAUACUAAUUUGGACGUUUGUGAAAUGGUUAAUGGAGAUUUUAUAAAAAACUCUAAACCAGAACAUGGGUCUGAAUUUAGUCACGAUACUGAUGGUUCUAAUAAGAAGACAUCCUCUGAUUCAAUAGACAUGGAUUUGGAUUUAAGUUUCAGUGAUAUUAAUAGUUCAGACAUAAACACUUUUAACGAAAAUAUUGUUCAAAAGUUGUGCUUAAGUGCUUUGAGGAAUAUAAAGGUUGGCAACCAAGAUGCUGAUAUUGAAAAUAUACAAAGGAUUGCUUUAGAUAUUUUAAAAGAAAUGUACACCCGAAAAGGUAAAAACAAGAAAGUUAUGAGCAGUGAGUCAUUCCCUUCGAAACAACGUGAUUUAGAUACACCAACUGAAAUAUUGUCCGUCCAUGAUUAUGAAAAUAUAUGUGCCGUGAACAUAGCACGUGAAGCGUGGGGCCUAAGAUCUUGGAAUGGAUAUUCGGAUAUAGAAAAUUGGCUUCACGACGGCAGUGUAUUUAGAGAUAGAAGACGUGAUACAUUGACUUCUGGAAGUUCCGAAAUCAGUAGUUGUAUAUCUCAAGAUUUAAAAACAGCAAUUUUAGCGGCGCCACCUUUCCCGAAAAAAGCUCCUACCUACUCCAAUGUCUUCGUCAAGUUUGACCCAAGUAACCAAGAAGAGUACGUUGAUUCGAUCAUUUGCCAAACUAACGAUGACACUUUUCUUGCCAAACCAUGUAUGGUUGAUACUGGAAAAGAUUAUUUAGAACCAAUUUUGGAAGAGUUAGAUGAUUUAGGUGAUUUAGAUCCAUCAAGUAAAAAGAGGCUUAAUUCAGAAAGUUCCUUAGUAGCGACUAUAGAUGAAAUACGAAAAGCGACAAUUGCCAAUUCGCCAAGAAAUCUAUAUCACAAUCGGAAAGAUCUACAUUGGUACUCUCCUGAAGAGGAUGACUCUUGUAAAAUGGAAUGUAAUCUUAAAAAAGCGUUGUGGAAAGAACCAUCAAAGUUUGAUUCAAGUAACAUAAUGGAAUCUCUACCAGAAAAAGAAAAUAUUCUUAAUGUUUUUCAUGAAUCCAAAUUUGAUUUACAUAAAAAAGGAUUAAAUUGUACCAUGACAUCAUCGUCUGAUACUUCUUCUCUGGAACAUACUGUUAAUGGUCGGAAAAAUGCUAGAAUUCGGCAAAAGACAAAUGUGAGCAAUCUUAAAACACAGUACAAAAGAAAUUCUAUAAAACCUGAUCAAACUCUUCAAGAUUUGUCAAAUAAGGACAUUGACUUGCUAUGGCAACUGGUUACAGAUAAUUCCAUGCCACUUAGUUCUACGGAAGACCUAGCUUCGGGAAGAUUAACAUCUUCAUUACAAUCACUAAUACAAAAAGACACAUCCACAUCAAAUGUAGAAUUACCGCCUUCUAAAAUGAUGAACAUGAAAAAAAACUUAAGAAGUAAACCCAGACGUAAAUUUUCUAUUCUUAGAGAAAAGUUUGAACCAAAAUUAAACAUACAUUCAGACGAAGAAUCUUUAUUUCAUUCUUCAGAAAAAAUAUCUGCAUCAGCCGAGUCAGUUGUAGUAAGAAAUAGACUUGAUAUUAGCAACGAAAACAUCGAAAGUAAACCAGAAGAUAAAAAAAAUAAUGUAGUAUCUACUGAAGCUAAUAAUUCAGAACCAUUUAGAUCUGAUUUGAUAAUGUCGAGAACUAUGAAGGAAAAAAGAUCUUUGUUUAUGAAGCAAGUGCUGAACCCUCCUAAAUUUAAUACAAAAUUAAAACAUAAGGUUUAAUCUAGCGAAAUGCAUUUAAGCAAAUUUUACAUUAAAAGUUCUUGUAAAUAUUUUAGUAUUAUUCGGUGCAACAACAGAUUGAAGUCAUUUAUAACACAGAUCUCAUCUUUGAUGUAGUCAAUCUAUUUGAAUUGCAUUUGUCAAUUAAAUUUAAUUAUAAGCCUGCUUCAGACUUAGUGUGCGUAACUAGAAGGCGAUGAUAGUAAAAUAACCGCCUUGUCGCAGA